AUGGAGGAGAUUAAUGCGUUUGUGCGGGCGGCCGCUUUGAACACAAGGCAAGGCCUUCGGGGGGCAAGCAACGUUUGCCACUUCUGGGAGGAGGAUCACUUUGACUGCUGCAACGAGCCAUUUCCCUGGAACAAGGAGACCUCAACCGACACAAUCAGGCAUCAACACACCGUCAUCACGGCUGACAACCUUGACGACGAGCGUCCCACGGGCCGUUCCUACCGCACCACUCAUACCACUUGCCCCCGUGCUGCCCACAACAGAGGUUGGCCUGGGGUCUUCGCCGUUGCCAACGAUAGUACCAACACUCAGUCCAAUUUCGAAUCAACCAAGCCCAGUCCAACCAAGCCCGGUACCAAGUCGAUGGGUAUCGCUAUACUAGCGGCCGCGUUCUUCUUCAUCAAGAAGAAAGUCAACGGCGGAGACAAGCCGAAGGCCAGAGCCGAGUCAUUCGACUUUGGACCUCCAUCAAGGACCAACCCAAACCUCUCAAGGGCGGAGACGGCCGCCAUGGCAGAACUGAUGCGAAUCGCCUACCGGGUGGAGAAUGAAGGUGACGUGGAGCGAGGCGGAAUGGGCGGUGAUGGUGGUGGCGGCGCCGGCGUGUCCUAUUACCCAGGUGUGCCUCCCAAGAUGGCGCCCAACGGAGCGGGCGUGGUGGGUGUCGCCACAACACCGUACGAGGAGAGCCGACGGGCUGAUAAUGUGACCCGAAUGCAGUCACUCGGCAGUGAAUCCGUCGCCCAGCUCGGAUUGAAGCACCCCGUGGGACGCUGGGUGCAUGUUCAGAGACCUGGUGCUGUGGCAACGAGGACAAGUGCCUAUGAUGUUCCAGACAUGCCUGUACCGAAUACUUAUCACCCUGACCGUUACUCGUCGUCGAAUCCAUACUCUGGGGUGGCUCGCUAG